AUGAAAAUGAUUCUGGUGCGCAGGUUCCGCGUGCUCAUCCUGAUGGCCUUCCUGGCGGCUUGCGCGCUGCACCUCGUGCUGGAUCUGCUGCCCAAGCUGGAGCGGAGCGCCGCGCGGCCCUCGGGGGAGCCCGGCUGCUCCUGCUCGCAGCCCGCGGCGGAGGCGGCGGCCCCCGGAUGGGCCCAGGCGCGCGGACACCCCGGAGGGGAGCUGGCGGCCGCAGCCUCCGCCGCCGGCGACGCGGGCUGGCCCAACAAGCACACGCUGCGCAUCCUGCAGGACUUCAGCUCUGACCCUUCUUCCAACCUCACGUCCCACUCGCUUGAGAAACUGCCCCCCGCAGCCGAACCGGCCGAGGGCGCCCCGCCGGGGCAGGAUCCCGGCGUCCCGCGCCCCCCAGAUCCGGCUCACCGGCCGCUACUCCCAGACUCCGGCACGCGUGGACCUGUGCCGCCCCCUGGCCUGAGCCGGGACGGCUCCCUCCUAGCCAGGCUGUUCCAGCACCCGCUGUACCAGGUCCCCAUUCCACCUCUAACGGAGGGCGAUGUCCUCUUCAACGUGAACAGUGACAUCAGGUUCAACCCCAAGGCAGCGACGGGAGAGAACCCAGACUGGCCACAUGAAGGUCCUGAGGAUGGAUUCCUGCCCACCGGGGAGGCGGCCGUGGACUCCUAUCCCAACUGGCUCAAAUUCCAUAUCGGCAUCAACCGAUAUGAGUUGUACUCUCGACACAACCCAGCAGUGGAGGCCCUGCUCCGUGACCUGGGCACCCAGAAGAUCACCAGUGUGGCCAUGAAGUCAGGCGGCACACAGCUCAAGCUCAUCAUGACUUUCCAGAACUACGGGCAGGCGCUGUUCAAACCCAUGAAGCAAACAAGGGAGCAGGAGACACCUCCCGACUUCUUCUACUUUUCCGACUACGAGAGGCACAAUGCAGAGAUCGCUGCCUUCCACCUGGACAGGAUCCUGGAUUUCCGCCGGGUCCCUCCCGUGGCCGGCAGGCUGGUCAACAUGACCAAGGAGAUCCGAGACGUCACGAGGGACAAGAAGCUGUGGAGAACCUUCUUCAUCUCCCCAGCCAACAACAUCUGCUUCUAUGGGGAGUGCUCGUAUUACUGCUCUACGGAGCACGCCCUGUGCGGGAAGCCGGACCAGAUCGAGGGCUCGCUGGCCGCCUUCCUGCCCGACCUGUCCCUGGCCAAGAGGAAGACCUGGCGGAACCCCUGGCGACGCUCAUACCACAAGCGCAAGAAGGCAGAGUGGGAAGUGGACCCUGACUACUGUGAGGAGGUGAAACAGACGCCUCCCUACGACAGCAGCCACCGCAUCUUGGAUGUCAUGGACAUGACCAUCUUCGACUUCCUCAUGGGAAACAUGGACCGCCAUCACUACGAGACCUUCGAGAAGUUCGGGAACGAGACAUUUAUCAUCCACUUGGACAACGGGAGAGGGUUUGGGAAGCACUCUCACGACGAGCUGUCCAUCCUGGUGCCUCUACAGCAGUGCUGCAGGAUCCGGAGGUCCACGUACCUGCGGCUGCAGCUCCUGGCCAAGGAGGAGCACCGGCUGAGCCUGCUGAUGGCCGAGUCCCUGCGCGCAGACCGCGUGGCCCCUGUGCUGUUCCAGCCACACCUGGAGGCGCUGGACCGGCGGCUGCGCAUCGUGCUACGGGCGGUCAGGGACUGCGUGGAGAAGGACGGGCUGCACAGCGUCAUGGAGGAUGACCUGGGCCCCGAGCACAGAGCCGCAGCCGGAAGGUAG